UCUUAAGCUCAAGCAAGAAUAUGAUGUUGUUGUGGUAUACGCUGUUUACGUUGUUGAUGUUCCUGCCCCCUGCAAAGUCCAUACAGACUGGUAAGUCCUUAUAUCCAAAAAUCUGUGUAGUUCUGUAGACCGAUAUCUCGAUAGAUAUUCCUCAACGAGUGUUGCACUUUUGAAGGACAAACAUACUGGUAUUACCUGGUUUUGCAAUGAUCUCAGCCUACUAUAGGUAACUGGUACAUACAACAUACUGAGAAAAAUAUUUUACAAUUGGCUACAGUAGACAAACCUGAACAGCUUUAGUUCCCUGGAGUCAAAAAGCACUUUCCGUUUUAUAGUAGUCUUAUAUCAUAAACGUGUCACAAGUAUCAUGUUAAAAGUUUACAUUCCAUCGUUAUGGGAGUAUUCACUCCCCAUCACUGUGGCCUGGGCUCAAUUCUCAGACUUGGCGUCAUAUUUGGGUUGAGUUUGUCGUUGGUCCGCGUCCUUUCUCCUAGGUUUCCUAUCCGGGUCAUCCGGUUUUUUUCCUCCCCAGAAACCAACACUUCAUUUCCAAUCCGACCAGGAAACAGUGGAACUAUUUAAUGGGAAGUACACUGCUAUAUUUCCCCAGGAUUUCUGACAAAUUAUAUUUCCAGCUAGGUCUCUUAAUCACUAUCUUGAAACAACAAAAAUAAAAGGUCCCUAUGAACGACAUACGGGUACGAGUUUUAGACAACGAAAUACGUAUGUUGGUGCUUUGGAAUGUUUGAAAGCUCCUCCUGGAGCCGUGUGUGCUUAGGUUGACCUUAAAAGAAGUUUUAAACAUAAAAAAAGCAUCAAGCUAAUGAAAGACCGGUCGGGAGUAAAUUAGCAGCUUAGAAUUACUUGUGCAGUUGUCGCGCGUCACUUAACACAGCUAAAAAUUCGCUUGUUUAUCGAUUUUGUUUUGCUUUCAUUGAGAAGUUACUUGUUGAACGAAAUAUGUCUAAUUUUCUCAUAGAAGGAAUUGGUAAUGCUUUGAGGAAACGAGUUGAAACAUUUGAAUAAUCUCUAGUUAGGUUGUAAUUUUAACUGUUUUAUUUUUUCUUUAGGCUGUCGGAAUAGAUUUUGGUAUUGCGCAUACUAUUCUAAAUGUUAUCAACCAUGGUUUCAAAACGCCUGCCCCAUGCGUUGCAAUAAGUGUUCAGGUAGGUUAGAAAGUAAUUGCACUUUCAAUAUUUUAUCCACAAAAGAAAAAAAAGGAACAAACGAAACAAAACAAAACAAAGCAAAACAAAGCAACAACGAUGAAAACGACAAUAACAACGUCAGACUAUAUGAUAAUAAUAAAAACAAGAACAAUAAUGACAAUAAUAAUCAAAAUAACAUUAAAAGAAGGAACCCAACAUGCCGAGGUGGUUUGCAGUGGGGCCCUGUUUUUAGUGGUUACCCUGUUUUUAGUGGUUACCCUGUUUUUAGUGGUGACCCUGUUUUUAGUGGUGACCCUGUUUUUAGUGGUGACCCUGUUUUUAGUGGUUACCCUGUUUUUAAUGGUUACCCUGUUUUUAGUUCUAGUUUGUCCUGAUUUAAUCCUAUUACUAAAUUUUGCUGAAGGAACAGAAACCUUAAAUCCUUAAUCAGGGAAAAGGUUUCCCUUUGUUAGGCUUGACGCAUUUUUCUGAUUUGGAGUUUGGAGAGGAAGAACAACAAUUCAUAUCCGAACAACAUGUCCGGAUGUUGCCCAAGUAGAAGCCGGCUGCUUUUAACAGCAAGGAAAGAGAUUAAUAACCGUAUCUGAGCAACUACGCACUCCCCCCUCCCCCGACCCAACAACAUUCAACUGAUAACAAUUAAGGGUUAAUGUUGGUUUAGGGGAGGGAGGGGUAGAUCUAUUAAGAGCCCAGUUAUUCUAAAUUGGAUAAAUUCAAUAAUCCACGUUUUCCCCCUUUUCAGUUAAAGUCGACGGCAGUUGGUCAGAAUGGGGUAAAUGGAGCAGCUGCAGUAAGACUUGCGGCGGAGGAAAG